ACCUCAGUGCCCGUUCGUAGGACACCCAGUAGAGGUAAAGGACUCAGAGAGAGAGAGACAGUCCACAGAGGAGAUUGUAUGAGAAAGGACACAUCCCCUUGAAGGUUUGCAGGGAAGUAGCAACUGGUUACCAAAGGGAGGCUCAGCAGCUAUAGUUUCCAGUUACCAUCGUCCAGUGUAGUUUACGAGAAGCCACCAUGAAGCUGAAGUUACCAAACCCAGGACUGGAUGACCGGAUCCCCUCUCAUGGGGACCUGGAGAAGAUGGAAAAAGAAGAGGCAGGGGACAGGCCCAAGUGGGACAACAAAGCCCAGUAUCUGCUCACCUGUGUGGGCUUUUGUGUGGGACUCGGCAACGUCUGGAGGUUCCCUUACCUGUGUCAAAGCCAUGGAGGAGGAGCAUUUAUGAUCCCAUUCCUUAUCCUGCUGGUCCUGGAGGGAAUCCCACUGCUGCACCUGGAGUUUGCCAUUGGACAGCGACUGAGGAAAGGCAGCGUGGGAGUGUGGAGAUCAAUCAGUCCGUACCUGACAGGAGUUGGUAUUGCGUCCAUGCUUGUCUCAUUUCUGGUGGGCAUGUAUUACAACACCAUCAUGGCCUGGAUCAUAUGGUAUCUCUUCAACUCCUUUCAGGAUCCUCUGCCUUGGAGUCAAUGUCCUCUCAAUGCUAACAGGACAGGUCUAGUGGAGGAGUGUGCUCGAAGCAGCACCGUUGACUACUUCUGGUACAGAGAGACCCUCAACACUUCAACAGCUAUCGAUGAAGCUGGAGGUCUGCAGUGGUGGAUGGUGCUAUCCCUGGUGGCUGCCUGGAUUCUGCUCUAUGUUUGCUGCAUCCGAGGGAUCGAGACCACUGGAAAGGCUGUCUACAUCACCUCCACUCUACCGUAUCUGGUCCUCACCAUCUUUCUCAUCAGAGGACUGACUCUGAAGGGAUCAAUAGAUGGAAUUAAGUUCCUCUUCACACCAGAUAUAAAUGAGUUAAUGAAUCCAUCAACGUGGUUGGAUGCAGGUGCUCAAGUUUUCUACUCCUUCUCUGUGGCUUUUGGAGGUCUCAUCUCUUUCUCCAGUUACAACUCUAUCCACAACAAUUGUGAGCAGGAUGCUGUUCUCAUCUCCAUCAUCAAUGGCUGCACCUCUGUGUACUCCGCAACGGUUAUCUACUCUAUCAUCGGCUUCAGGGCCACGCAAAAAUUUGAUGACUGUCUGGGAGAUAACAUCUGGAAGCUGAUGAAUGCCUUCGACUAUCCCGAAAACAACAUCACAGAUAGCAAUUACAACGAAGUUCUGGCACACCUCAACCAGACCAACCCAGAAAUCAUUCAAGGAUUGGAACUACAGACCUGUGACCUGCAGAGUUUCCUCAGUCAGGGCGUGGAGGGAACAGGUCUGGCCUUCAUUGUGUUCACAGAAGCCAUCAUUAAGAUGCCCUUUUCUCCUCUCUGGGCUGUCCUCUUCUUCGUCAUGCUCUUCUGUCUCGGCCUCUCGACUAUGUUUGGCAGCAUUGAAGGAGUGGUGGUUCCUUUGCAGGACCUCAGACUGUUGCCCCGAACUUGGCCUAAAGAAGUUUUCUGUGGUCUGACUUGCUUAAUAUCAUUGGCUUUGGGGCUCAUAUUUACCCUGCGCUCUGGAAACUACUGGCUAGCUCUUUUUGACAACUUUGCUGGUUCUAUCCCCCUUCUGGUCAUCGGAUUCUGUGAAAUGUUUGCUGUUAUUUACAUCUAUGGCAUAGAUAGGUUUAACAAGGACAUUGAGUUUAUGAUUGGCCACAAACCCAAUAUUUUCUGGCAGGUGACAUGGAGGGUGGUUAGUCCACUCAUUAUGAUCUUCAUCUUGAUUUUCUACUUCGUAACCCAAAUCUCCAAGAGUCUCACCUAUCUGGUCUGGGACCAGGAGUCGGAGAACUUCCCCACCCUCGAAGCACGUCCGUAUCCUUCCUGGAUCUACGUCAUGAUCUUCAUCCUGGCAGGAGUUCCCAGUUUAGCCAUCCCUGUGUUUGCCCUCUUCAAAUUCAUACAGAAUAAAUGCUGCAAGAAGGACCACAAUGACUACACAGUGGACACUAUCUCUGCCAAAAUACAAAUGAGUGACAAAAUUAAGCUUUAAACAUAUUUGACUUUGAAUAUUUAAUAAUAAAAUGAAUGUGGACUUGUUUUAUUGUUUGUAUAUUAUGCUGUUCAUCCUCAUGCCCUGUACAAUGAUCGAAGAGUACACUAAUGACCAAUAACGUUUAUCUGUGAAAAGUAGAAGUAAAUGUAUAAGUAUUUUCUGUAAAAUAAUGUCAUUUUUUGAAGAAGAUAGUAAUUGUUAUUGCUUUUCAUACUAUUGUAAUUUUACAUGUGGGUUAAUGUUUUCCAUUGAAGGAAUUGUUGGACAUUUGGGGAAAGGGGCUAAUUUGCUUUUGUGCCAGUAAUUAGAUUAGAAAACUGAUACCAGUCUUAUGUCCGUCUGUGCACUACUGAAGAUUAUUAGCAGCUGAUUGUAUUUAUUUAUACAAAUGUAAUAUUUUGUAAAUAAAAUUUAAUAGAGGGGCUAAUUUAUGUUAAAACGUUUGACAUACUGUAAACAUGUCUUUUUAAAUAUUAAAACAUUCCAUCAGA